AUGGCUCCUCAGAAAAGUCUGAAGCGGAAAGCUGACAAGCUCGACGACGCUCCUGCGUCUCAGAAGGCCCGAGAGGAUCCAGUUAACCAAGACGACGGUUCAGACUAUUCCGAUUCAUCCUCUUCGGGAGACGACGAAGCCUCUCGUCCGACACUCACACCUGGCUCACCGCUAACGACCUGCUCAACCCCACGGACACCACGCGAGAAGAACUUCCACUGCCACUACCCGAGCUGCGGCAAGUCCUUCACCCGUCCCUCCCGUCUCGAGGAGCACAUCCUAUCACACACGGGGGGCCGUCCCUUCGCCUGCAAGCAAUGCCCCAAGACCUUCGUCCGCAACAACCACCUCAAACGCCACGUCAAGACCUCGCAUACCUCGGAGCGCGACUACAUCUGCCACUGGCCAGGUUGUGGGAAGGGCUUCGCGAGCGGCACCCGCCUCCGACGCCAUGUAGCCACGCAUGAGGCCAAAGAGCAAUACCGCUGCAGGGACUACCCGCCGUGCAAUGCCACCUUCCGCAAGCAUGCCACUCUCCAGAAGCACAUCACGAGCGCCCAUCUGAACCAGAAACCCUUCCCUUGCCCGUUCAUCGACGACGCAACUGGCCAACCCUGCGGGCACGCCUACGACACCGAGAGCGCCCUGCGCGCGCACGAAGGCCGUAUACACGGCGGUAGCCGCUAUGUGUGCACUCUCUGCUCGCCCUCCGCCAUCGGAACGCCCUCCGUCGGAACGCCUUUAACCCCUGUCUCCGCACUCACCGAAACAACAACCACUCCCGUCCCCCGCGUCACCUUCUCCACCUACGCCCUCCUCCAAUCCCACAUCAAAGCCGCCCACCCGCCGCAAUGCCCCCACUGCCCACGCACCUUCGACACGCCCCGCGCCCUGCGCCAACACACCGAGAUCGCGCACGCCACCCCGCUCGAGGCGCGUCAAACACACAUCUGCGACUUCCCCGGCUGCGGGCGCGGCUUCACUAGGGCCGGCAACCUGGACGUGCACAAGAAAACCGUGCACGGCGCGGUCAAGGCGUUCGUGUGCGGGACAACUGACUUGGCCGGGAGCAAAGAUGAAGAGUUGAGGGCGUGGUGGAGUGGGGAGAAGGAAGGGGCGUGUGGGUUUGCACUCGGGACGAAGGCGAAUCUGGAGGAGCAUGUGCGGACGCAGCAUCUAGGCAAGGAAGGGAUGCGGGCGAGGAAGGCGAGGAAGAAAGCCGAGGAGGCUAGUGUCGAUGUGGAAGAGGUGCGCAGGAGGAACCUGAGGAGGAAGAAAGGGUCAGAGACGCUGCGGACGGUUGCGCCGCUUGCUGGGGCGGGGUGGGAAGGAUUGGGGCGGGAUAUCGAUUGCCUCAAGCCCGAAUGCGCGCACAUGUUCAUGCGGGAGUACGAUCUAUGGAAUCACUGUAAGGCGGUGCACCGGAUGUCGGAUGGGGAGAUCGAAGAGGCCAUGGCGGAGAGGGCGGAAAGGGACGCCCUUGCUGGCGGCCCGUUCUGGACCCGCGGCGCUAACGGCCGACACGAGGGCUUUUUCGACCAGGAGGAGUUUGAGGCGAAUGAGGCGCUCGAUCGCGAGGCGGGUAUCAACCCUGGCUUGCCGGGCUUCGAUGUGCACGGUGGUGGUGGUUUCUCCCGACUGUGGAAUCAUGAGGGCGUGCCUGUCGAUCCGGCGCUGUUGGGCGUCGCGCAGCAGGAGGUAGGUGGGCUGGAAGCUGUAAAGGCUUAUUUGCAGCAGGAAUGA